AUGGAUGAAGUGAAAAUAAUGCUUGAAAGAAACCAAUUUGAUAUACUAGCUGUCUGCGAGAUGCAUCUUAGCAAGAAAAUAGGUAACAGACAACUACAAGUUGAUGGAUAUCGAACCAUUCAACGAGAUUGUCCCGAUGGCAGAAGGGGGGGUGGAAUGGUGGUCUUUGUAUUGAAAACUCUGACUGCAGUACACUUGAAACAUUUGGAUCAUGAGAAGAUAGAAGCUAUAUGGCUAAGAAUAGUAACCAAAUCAAGCUCGGUGACAAUAGGUUCAUUCUAUAGAUCCCCGGACAAUAUGGCUUUCUUCGAAGAUAUAGUAAUACCUUUAGAAAAAGCUUGGUACAAAUACAAGAACUUAGUUUUGGUGGGGGAUUUCAACGUCAAUUUCAGCAAAACAGCACACGGACAUGAGCUAAGACUACAAGAAAAACUUAUGUCUGCGCUUGUUCAAUUUGACUGUUCCGUCAUAAACAAAGAUUUCACAAGGGUAACGCCUACCACAGAAACAAUGAUCGACUUGAUAAUCACAAACAAAGCCGAUUUGGUGGAAAAUAUUAAAACAGCAGACACUGGAAUAUCCGAUCACAAUCUAGUAUCCUUCUCUAUGGAUUUUAACCCAAGAAAGGUGCCUCCCAGGAUAGUAACUAUAAGAAACUGCAAGAAAAUGGAGAUAGAAAAAUUCAAGUUGGAUCUACAAAAUGCUCCAUGGUGUACUUGUGAAAUGUUCGACGAUAUCGAAGACAAGUGUUCAGUAUGGACAGAUAUAUUCAAAGAUAUAUGUGAAGAACAUGCGCCAAAAAGAAAAGUUAAGCUUCGACGACAAACAUUGCCAUGGAUGAGACACAAAAUGAACAGGAGAUACAAGGCUUUGCAGAAAGCAAAGAAAGAAAGAAACAACGAAGGACUGUGGAAAGAAUACCGGAAGUUGAGGAAUGAGGUGACAGCAGAAUUAAGGAGAGCUAAAUCAACCUACUUUGCGGAGCUUGCAAAUUGUCAAAAAAUAAACACACGGAAGUAUUGGAAAAUUCUAAAUCAAGCCAGUGGGAAGGAAUCAAACAUGAAGACCAUUCGUGCGAUUAAGUCAGAUACUGGCGCAUUGGUCACAAAUGAUAGAGAGAUAGCAAAUAUAUUGAAUAAGCAUUUCGCAACUACAGGAGAAAAGUUAGCAGGUCUCUUAAACAGCCACUACGUGCCAACAGUAGAGCUCAUUGAUCGAAUAUCCCCAACCGUUAUGGAAAUUGAAAUACAGGAAGAGAAUGUAAAAGAGAACUUGUUAAGGCUCAAUACACAUAAAGCGACUGGCCCAGAUGACUUGCCACCGAUUUUGCUGAGAGCAGCUGCCGAAGAAAUUGCACCAUCAUUGACAGAUAUUUUCCAAACAAGUGCAAGGACUGCUACUCUACCCAGUUUGUGGAAGGUGGCAAGAAUAGCAGCAGCACAUAAAAAAGAUGAUGAGACAGACAGAGAUAAUUAUAGACCAUUAUCCAUGCUGUGCACUCCAAGCAAAUUAAUGGAGAAGGAAGUACACAAAACCUUAGUUAACCAUAUUGAUAUCAAUCCUGGUUUACUAAAUCCAAAUCAGUGGGCAUACAGGAAAAAUAGUUCAACGGAAGCACCGUUGUUACAUAGGACAGAGAUAUGGAGGAAAGCAGUCGACAGCAAUAGAGUGGUGGGAGUUGUCUUCAUCGACUUUAAGAAGGCUUUUGACUCUGUCCCUCAUCACCAACUACUGCUAAAGUUACAGCGGGCAGGCAUCUCUGGAAAUUUGUUGUUGUGGAUCCGAAACUACCUCUGUAACCGACGCCAAUUCACUAAAAUAGGACUGUGCGAUUCUGAAAGAGAGGGUGUUGACUACGGGGUGCCACAAGGAUCAGUCCUGGGGCUCCUAUUAUUCGCACUCUUUUGCGAUGAUCUUCCGGACUGUGCACGGCACGAUGAUGAAGAAUUAGAAAUGUACGUUGAUGAUACGACCUUGACUAGUAUAGGCGAAACAGUUGACCAAGUAAUCCUCAAACUAAAUGAGACAUUAGGCCUUGUGAGUAAAUGGUGUUACAAAAACGGAAUGACGGUCCAUCCAGCCAAAGCAGAAGCCAUGCUCAUUAAACGCGGAACGUUCCCACCAGUACAGUUAAAUGGCAGUUUAGUGAAGUGGGUAAGGAAGUCAAAAUCUCUAGGAGUGACUUUGGACAAUUAG